GGCUCCUAGCAACCGGCCGGGGCAGGAGUUCCAUGGAGACUGGGGAGCGUGCUCGCCUCAUCAUCAUCCUUAUCCUCCAGCUUAUCCUUCGCGUCCGCCGCAACCGGCAGCAGCGCUGCCGCCGCGUCCUCUGCCGCCGCCCGCUCUUCCCACGGAUGUGAUCUUCGUGGUGGGAAGCCAAGUUUUUAAACUACCCCAAUGGAUGCAGACAGUGAUGUUGCAUUGGACAUUCUAAUUACAAAUGUAGUCUGUGUUUUUAGAACAAGAUGCCAUUUGAACUUAAGGAAGAUUGCUUUAGAGGGAGCAAACGUAAUUUAUAAGCGUGAUGUUGGAAAAGUAUUAAUGAAGCUUAGAAAGCCUAGAAUUACAGCUACAAUUUGGUCCUCAGGAAAAAUUAUUUGCACUGGAGCAACAAGUGAAGAAGAAGCUAAAUUUGGUGCCAGACGUUUAGCCCGUAGUCUCCAGAAACUAGGAUUUCAGGUAAUAUUUACAGAUUUUAAGGUUGUUAACGUUUUGGCAGUGUGUAACAUGCCUUUUGAAAUCCGUUUGCCAGAAUUCACAAAGAACAAUAGACCUCAUGCCAGUUAUGAACCUGAACUUCAUCCUGCUGUGUGCUAUCGGAUAAAAUCGCUAAGAGCUACAUUACAGAUUUUUUCAACAGGAAGUAUCACAGUAACAGGACCCAAUGUAAAGGCUGUUGCUUCUGCUGUGGAACAGAUUUACCCAUUUGUGUUUGAAAGCAGGAAAGAGAUUUUAUAAUUCACCACUUAAUUGGUUAGAAUCCUUAACUGAGCACCUUUUAAAACCUGCUGCACAUUGGACUCAAAAGGAAAACCGGACCAACAGUAACUGAGGAAAUAGACUCUUUUAUUCUUUCAUGGCUACAGUGUAAGCUCCAGGCCCUUUGGAUUUUAUUUCAAACCUUGCUGUAAUAUAAAAAGGAAGUUUACAAGACGUGACAUUGCUGCUUUUACAAAAGGACACUUCUAUUUAUUUUCGCAGUGAUUUUCAUGUCCCCGUGAGCAGAGCUGUCGCCGUGUGCACUACCGCAGAUCGCUUUGUUGUUGUCAUUAUUUUUUUUCCAGUUUGAGCUAAUGUGUUUUAUUUGUGAAUAGUCUUUUACAUUUUUGUAUGCUGAAUAUGGGCACCAAAGAACCUGUCAAAGUUAUCUUUUUCAAUUGA